AUGGAUGCCGUCACGAUUCGCACGCGGAAGUUCAUCCGCAACCCUCUGCUGGGUAGAGUAUGUUUGCUGUUUCCAUAUGCGCAGGCGCAAAUGCUAACGAAUUUUGUUGACGUCCUCCACCCUGGCAAGGCCGGCAUCUCCAAGACCACCCUCCGCGAGCAGCUUUCCAGCCUGUACAAGGCUACCCCCGACCAGGUCAAUGUCUUUGGUCUGCGCACCCACUUUGGUGGUGGCAAGACCACCGGUUUCGCCCUCAUCUACGACUCGCCCGAGGCCAUGAAGAAGUUCGAGCCUCAAUACCGUCUGGUCCGUGUUGGUUUCGCUACCAAGCCCGAGAGAGCUUCCCGCCAGCAGCGCAAGCAGCGCAAGAACCGCCAGAAGACCCUCCGUGGUACCGCCAAGGUAAAGGGUGCCAAGGCCAAGAAGGAGAAAUAA